AUGCUGCCCACGUCCAUGUCCGGUGGCGCGGUCGCUGCAACGGUCCUCGAGCCUAACACAGCAAAGUGGAAGACAACCUUCAAAUCAGUUUGGAAGACGUUUGAAACCCAGUUCAGACCCAUUCUCGACAGCUUAGACCGGCGACGCGAGUUGCUGGAAAGCGAAAAGGGGUCGGCAACGUUGCACGAGAUAUCCAAGGCGAGAGAGGAUAUCGCAGCCUUCAUCGAGGAGACAAAAAAACAGGCCAGUCGUGAGGGGUUCGAAAACCAUAAGUGGCGGCUGAAUCAUAUAAAGGAGAAGCUUGAGGCCCCAGACUAUCAGCUGGACCAGGAGAUGGCAACUGAGGAUCGGAAUGGAAGCGUUUCGGGCACUUGGAUUCUCCAAAAUCCUUCUUUCCAGAAAUGGACGGACAAACAUUCCAGAGACAAUGGUGUACUUUAUCUAAGCGGAAUACCGGGUGCUGGCAAGACAACUUUAGCAUCUUUCAUCGUGGAAAGGCUCCUAGAAGAAAGUUGUGCCGAGGGUAGUGAUUGUGACACUUUGGUGGCAUAUUUCUAUUUUAAGCACAACCAGGCCGACAAGCAGACACACAAUAGCUUUCUCAGAGCCAUGAUGGAACAGAUUGUGACUCGUGAUCUAGCUUUGUCAGAUCACUUAUUCGAUAACUUGGCGACUAUCAACGAAGUAAAUCUGCGAUCAACAAGAACCUUGGAGUCACUCAUUGCAACAAGCUUUGAGCAUUUUCGAACCUGUCUCAUAAUUAUGGACGGCCUCGAUGAAGCAGCUCCAGGUGAGGCCAUCAAAUUGCUCAACUGGAUCCUUCCAGUUGCAAAUGGACAGGUUCAAGACAACAUGACUUCAACCCGGCUCCUUUUCUGUGGCCAGCGGGAUGGAAUCCUUGACCAUAGACUCGCUAAUUACCCUCAUAUCGCUCUUGAAUCGGUUUCCGAUCAUGAUAUGGAUAUCAACAAUUACUGUGCUCAGAUUGGUGCUCGCAUCCGUUCAAAAUUUUCCAUACCUUCGGACAUGGAGCGCAAAAUCGUAUCUCAAGUGACCUUGCAGGCUCAUGUUGCUUUCAGGUAUGAACGAGUUGCUGUGCGGAUAUUCGAGGAGUCGCCGCCAGCGGAGCGCGAGGACGCGACCAAGAUCCUGGGUUGGCUUACCUGCGCGGAAAGACUCCUACACUGGCGCGAAAUUCAAGCGAUUUUUUGCAUCGACCCGGAUACUAGUCAAGUAGAUUAUGAAGGAGAGAGACUGCGAAUGUCAUGCAAACAGCUCUGCGGGUCUCUGGUCGAUAUCCAUCAUGCACAAAUCGGACACGAGGGCCCGGAUGAUGUUCUCCAGAUUGUCCACGGAACUGCACGAGAGUAUCUCAUUCAAAAUCGGUGGAUCAACAUCAGCCUGGAGCAUGCGAAAGCCGCAACGUUUUGUUUUCGGUACCUAAUAUCGAAGCCUUUCCACUGUGGCUCAGAUGAUAAGCAAAUUUUGCUGCAUGCCAAGAAAGGGUACUAUGCCUUCCAAGAUUACUCUGUUCGGUACUGUUUGGAUCAUGUCUCGAGUUCUGUCCGGCUGAGCCCUUCAUACAAAGAUCAAAUGACGCUGAACGCGCUGGAACCGGCCAGAGACUUCCUCAAGUCGUACAGUCUGUCCGCAAAGUUUCAAUUAUCAAGUGAUGAAAUAGCAGACGAAAAGAUAACACACUUCAUCAAAGAGCUUCCGAAACAUCCAAGAGACAGAUUCGGGCUAUUGAAUAUCGGACUCCGCACUGUCAACAUUCGCGGGCAAAUUGAAGAGAUGCGAAACCAGGACUUGACAUCUGAGGAGCUAUACCUCAUUAAUAAUCUGUACGGAUUGGAAACCACGUUCAAAUGCCCAAAGCCUUGGUGCAAUUACUUUACCACAGGGUUUGAAACGAGGAAGGACCGUACAAAGCAUGUGAAUUGUCACGAACGGCCGUUUUGUUGCCCUGAGGAAGGCUGUUUUGCAUCGCAAUUUGGCUUCGAUGUUCAAGAAAAGCUCAAACAGCAUACGGCGAAGCACCACUGCACUUCAACUGCAGAAGUGAGAUUCCCCAAACGAAAGGCCCCAAAACGAUGGGCCAACAUCCACGAGGCUGCUUCCGAGGGUAAUGUCGCAGGAGUUCUUGCAUUUCUGGACACGGGAACGGAUCCAGAUGCCAGAAAUAAUCCCGAGAGUCCUUCAAGCCUCUACCUAGCUGCAGAGUCUGGUCAUUUCGAAGUCUGCAAGCUACUGUUGACCAAAGGGGCCCAACUUUGUCUCGCGCCCUGGGGCCAAACGGCAACUCCCUUGGAAUGUGCACUGCGUUACGGCUCACUGGACAUCAUUCAUCUCUUCUUAGGGCAGCCAGAGCUCGAAACCAGCCAGGCCAUACGGAACUUGCCCCGCUGGAUCCAUGCUGCUUCUUGUCAUGAUGACUCCGAAGUCCUCAAGCUGGUUCUAGAGUCACCUGUAUCCCGGCAUGUUAACACUAAUGACAUUGACGAAGACGAACGAAACUCGAUCAAAACCGCCUGUUUGGAAGGCCCUUAUACUGAGUUCUGUCGGUACCUACUUGAGCAUGGCUUCUCAAAGCUGGUAACAUCAGAUACUUCUUUCGAUGCUUACGUCCGAGGCGUGGAAUAUGGAGUCGACCUUCCGCAACCGAUCAUAGACAGAACGACCCCUCCUCCUUCGUUUCAAACAACGGAUCAAUUACUAUUGUCUCAUGGGAUAGAUCCAUCGGAGCUCGACGAUGAACAGAAGGCUACCUUCCAGAGUCAAUCACCAGCUGUACAGCAGAAAACACUGGAGACUUAUAAAGCCAAUUUGCCGCGGACGGCUCAUCGAUGA